GCAUCAUGAACAGAGUUAAAGAAAACUGCAUUUCAAGGUCUGUAAAGGCCACCGCUCCCCUGGGUGACCGUCUGAAGUGUGCCUUGGCAACGCAGCCGUUUCCCUCUCAGCACCCAUCAACCGGAAGCAGUGGCCAGACCCAGCGGGUCCUGUGUCCUUCCAAUGCUCCCCAGUGGGUUCCUUCUCAAGCACAGAUGCUUGUCGGUACUCAGAAGCUGCAGAGGCAGCUGCAGGUCACCAGCGGACCCCGUCCUGCCCUGCCGGUGAACAACUCUCAGAAGAGAGAGCAGCCCCAGCCGGUGGCUUCCGGAGAUCAUCCUAAGAAAGAAGUGGAAUCAAAACUGAAAAAUGAAGACUCAAAAAAGAGACAGUGGACUUUGGAAGAUUUUGAUAUUGGUCGCCCACUAGGUAAAGGGAAGUUUGGCAAUGUUUAUUUGGCAAGAGAAAAACAAAGCAAGUUUAUCCUUGCUCUGAAAGUGUUGUUUAAAGCUCAGCUGGAGAAAGCAGGGGUGGAACAUCAGCUCAGGAGAGAAGUGGAAAUACAGUCCCACCUUCGGCACCCCAACAUCCUCAGGCUGUAUGGCUAUUUCCAUGAUGCCACAAGAGUUUAUCUAAUUCUGGAAUAUGCACCACUUGGAACGGUCUAUCGGGAACUGCAGAAGCUCUCUAAGUUUGAUGAGCAGAGAACCGCUAUGUAUAUCACAGAAUUGGCAAAUGCCCUGUCUUACUGUCAUUCCAAGAGAGUUAUUCAUAGAGAUAUUAAACCAGAGAACCUGCUGCUGGGAUCAACUGGAGAGUUGAAGAUUGCAGAUUUUGGGUGGUCGGCACACGCUCCAUCCUCCAGGAGGACCACUCUGUGUGGCACCCUGGACUACCUGCCGCCCGAGAUGAUCGAGGGCCGGAUGCAUGAUGAGAAGGUGGACCUGUGGAGCCUGGGAGUCCUUUGCUAUGAGUUUUUGGUCGGGAACCCUCCCUUUGAGGCGCACACUCACCAAGAGACCUACAAAAGGAUAUCACGGGUUGAAUAUACAUUCCCUGACUUUGUGACAGAGGUAGCCCGGGACUUCAUUUUGAGGCUGCUCAAGCAUAAUCCAAGCCAGAGGCCAACUCUUAGUGAAGUGCUUGAACACCCCUGGAUCACAGCAAAUUCCACCAAGCCAUCACCUUGCCAGAAAAGCCAAGCAGCAGCCAGCAAGUUAUCUUGGUCGUGCAAGGGGCAGGGUCCUUGGAGCAGGGCUGCUGUGGAACCUUUGGGGACGUGCUCCCAGAGCCACGUUACUGUUGACUCCUGCUCCGUGCACAGGCCACAGAGGUGUUAACUUCUCACACUGAGCCUGCAGCGCCCUGGCCCCUGUUCACAAAGCUCCCCUGCAGUAAACGUGACACUCUGUGAAGGGGCCUCAAGAAUCAUGCUGCUUUGACCAGGUCCAUACACAGAGGCAGGACUCAGCGGCAGCCAUAUGCACAGCCCUUGCCGGGGUCCUUAUGUGAGAAUUCGGAGUCUGGUUGUCAGGAAAGUGACCGCUUUCCUCUGACUGAAUCAGCGAGUGCGCUACAC